AUGAAGGGAGACGAAAUCAAUGGUAGCUCACAAAAGAAUCAUUCAAUAGAAGCGAUUUUAGGAAUCGUACCAAGAAGACGUUCAUCUUCAAAAAUCCCAAAGUCUUUUAUACCAUAUCCGGAGAGAAGCAGUGGUAAGAAUACUAUUGAUUGUAACGGAUAGUAAAAAUGUAACAAAUUAACAGGUUUUCUUCUUUUGUUCGUUGAUCCACAGCAAUGUCACAAUUAUCUGCAAGGAAGACAAUCGUGUCUCUGAAGAAUAUUUUGAAAACAAUUGUGCUGAAUCGCUUUUGUUUCGGUGUUUCGUUUAACACUACAGGAGUUAGGAUAUAAGAUGAGGAAGACCCAAUAUAUUCUAUAUACAAAAAGCAUGCUAUUGCUUAGACAGACUCGUAUAGUGACUUAGUGCAUUUUCAAGUCGAUAAAAAAGAAAGUUUCUUGUUCUUCUGAGCAACCAGAUCGUAUAAAAAGUUUCAUAUGUUAACAUGCAUCACGUAUACAUUUAGCAUGAACGGUGUCAACAGAAAUACAUCUACAGCUUUUUGAAUUUAUUUAAAUGUCAGCCUUUAAAUUAAGGGCUAGCAACCUUUGAUUGCAAACGUUUUCUCGUUGUUGGUAUAUCCAUUUGUAACAAGCUAUGGUUUGUGUCUGAAUUACCUGGAAAAAGAUUAAAAAUACUUCGACAUUUUAAUUAAACGAAGCCAGUUCGCCAAGAGGACAAUGCUAUAUACAAGCUAACUACUUAACGAAGGGCUUCAAUACUACGCCCGAAAUGGUCUGAAUUCUUUUCACACUAUUCCAACACAAACCUCGGCGAUUGUUAUACAAUAUAAUCUAUAUACAUGCGCUGGAUCUCUUGCUCGUUUGAGAAUCUAUCUUUAUCACUUUACCUUGAAAGGUAUUGAAUUCUUUUGGCCACUUGCCAUCCGGAAAAGUUCUAGUUAUGAAAAUACAUGUCACUAAAUCUUGCCACGAUCUGGACUAUAUGUGCAUUGCUUUCCCAAAAAGGCAAGCAAGAAGAUUGUGCAGACGAGUGACUUUUUCUAACAAAUCUACCUGUACUUGUCUGCACAAGGAACCCGGACAAGACAUGCAGCCAUCUUGUCCGAAAUAAUUUUAACUUGCCAAAGGCAAGCAAAUGAGAGUUUAGUUUGAGUUUAUUGAGUUUCGCACUCAUUGGUGAGCGGAUUUCCCAACAGGCUGUAUUGCCCAAUGGAUAGGGGAUCCGAGGUACCUAUGAUUUUAACGUCCUUAUCCGAGAAGACGCGAAAGUCUAACCUUUUUUUAUGUCAAUGUAAAGAUAGCUCUUUCUCCUCAAUUAUUUUAAGACCUUGCAUGAGUCCGACCAAGGAUUAUAAACCCGUGUCUCCCAGCUUGAAAGCCAAGCGUGGUGAUCACAACACCACAAACGAACUAAGUUUAUAGAUCACUAUAUAUUUGCUCUGACGAAGACCCAGGUUUACCGAUCAAAGAAUAAAGAUACGUAGUGUUUUCUACAACACAACACAAAACAGCCACUUUACUGUAACACAUAUAAACUUUCUUCAUUGUUUUUUCUAUAAAGGAAUGAAUUCACUGAAGGGACGGCGAAGCAGACGCAAUCGUACGGCGUUUACAGCACUGCAACUACAAGAGCUUGAAAAGAUUUUCGAAACAUGCCAUUAUCCGGGAAUUGAGAUGAGAGAAGAGCUUGCUGACAACAUUAAAUUGCCCGAAGCGAGAGUUCAGGUGAGUUGAAAAUGAAAAACUUUACAAUACAGUGCAGUGUACAGUAGGUGGUUUUACUACAUGAGAAAGCUUCAGAAUGAUGUAUAUACAACUACCAGAAAAAUACAAGGAGAACUUCGAACGUUUCGAGCGAAGGCCAAUUUUGUUUGUUGAAAAAGUAUAUGUAAACAUUUGUAAUUAGUUGGCCAGCAUCUCAAACGCAUCAAUAUUGUUAUAUAAUUUGUCAUGUUUUAUACAUACGUUCCAACUAAACUGUAUGCUGCUGCAUCAGAAAUUAGGCUAAGUACUUUUAUGUGAAGUUUUAGUCCAUUAUAUAAACAAAAUUUAUAGUCAAAAUUUUCAUUAAUUUUUUGAAGGCUUUAUUUUCUUGUUAAAUUUAGACAUAAAAAAAAAUCGGAUAUCGAUUAAUUUACAGGGCUGUUCAUUAAAUAUAAGUCAGUCGGUAAAAGUGCGGUAAUUAUUAGUUCCUGUUUUUUGUUACUUCUUAAAGAGUUUUGAUUUGAGCAAUAAAGCGUUGAAACAACAUCGCAUUACAGCAUGUUAUAGUUUCAAUUAUUAUCAAAUAAUUGAUACUGUAACAUGCUGUAAUGUUGUUUCAACGCUUUAAUGUUCUCUAAUGCAUGGAAUGUUACGACCCACGCCUAGCCACGUAUAUAUAUUAGAUAAUUCUCUUCAAUUAUUGCGCUUAGAUGGCAAAUAGGGUAAACAUUUUACCCCUAAGUGCUGUUGUAGGUUAGAUCAUGUAGAGGUAUUAAACGUUCUUGUAAGCUAUCGUGAAGUGAUCUGAUGUUAUACACUUAUUUAAGUACAGAGUUUACUCAUAAGUUCCAUAUAUUAUCUCAGCAGUAAGUUCUGUAAAACAUCAGAUCACUUUAGGAUAGCUCAUAUUCAAGAACAUGUAUACCUCUGUAUGAUCUAACCAUGCAUGCUUAACUUAGCAGUGAGUUCUGUACAACAUCAGUCGGAUCACUUUAAGGUGGCUCACAUUCAAGAACAUGUACUACCUCUGUAUAUGAUCUAACCAUGCUUAACUCAGCAGUAAGUUCUAUACAACAUCAGAUCACUUUAACCUAAGGUAGCUCACAUUCAAGAACAUGUACUACCUCUGUAUGAUCUAACCAUGCUUAACUCAGCAGUGAGUUCUGUACAGCAUCAGAUCAUUCUUGAGUAACUCAAAUUAAAGAACAUGUACUACCUCUGUAUGAUCUAACCAUACUUAACUCAACAGUGAAUUCUGUACAACAUCAGAUCGUUUUUGAGUGACUCAAAUUCAAGAACAUGUAUUUUGGCGCAACAUCAGAUAACUUUAGAGGCCAAUGUUAAUGUCUUGUUUAAAAAUAGACAAAGAAUAUUUUUAGCUCUUUUUCUCCAGUCCUAAUAAAGUAUCAUUUUAAUAAUCAUACUAAUCAGUAUCAUUUUCGUAAACCUAUAGGUGUGGUUCCAGAAUCGCCGAGCAAAGCAUAAACGUAUUGAACAAGUCAAAAACUCGAUGUACGGUUUUUCUGAAGAAUCUCUUACGAUGGACUUGACUGAUAAAGACACAACACCCUACGACAGUUAUGAAGAAAGAAUCGAGGAAGUCAAAAUGAACAUUGGUUCAUCAUUCACGCGAUAUAUAACCUUGAGUAACAAUGUCAGGGAUUCAAUAUCCCACCCUUAUCCCUGUGUGCCCGUUUUGGUGUACAACCCGCGUACAGGCAGCGAUCCUAUUGUUUCAAGAUGAUUUUUAUAUCAGAUAACUUUGUGGGAUAUUAUACUGUUAUUACGAGUUACAGCUUAUAUUAGGUAUGCACUGAAGUGUAUACAUUAUUCAUCCCAAAACGUUUGUAAAUGCAUGUGCAAAUAUUUAAAGACAUUGAUUGUAUAUUUAUUAUUGUAAAUUAUAUGUAAAUAACAUAUUUUAAGAAUUGUAUAUAAUUAUAGUGUUUUGCAAUAGGUUACAUGAAUAGAAUUUUCAUAUUUAAUAAUGAUAAGCCUUCCAUAUUUCAAUGCAAUGUAGUUGUACACCACAUUGCACCACAUUUGGGCCGAAAGUGGUGGAUUUUCCGGCGCGUAAUACAAAUUCAUACAAAAUUUGCAAAUUUCGUAGCGCUAUAUUUUCCUCAUUUUACAACAUUUUGCGGCCAAACUUUGCAAUUUCACAAAUUUUAACAUGCUCUUUCUAGCUGUGGUGAUGGAUUUUGUUCUUCUUGCCUAGAUCAAAAUUUAGUCGAAAGCUGAAAUCCUUUAUUAAAUGUACUAACAUUCUGGUAAAUACUAAGAUACACUAUCAAUAUUAUAUAUAGAUACCUUUAAAUUGAUCAUCAACUACAGUCAGUUAAACUUCAGCAUAUCCCAUGAUAUGUGGCUUGACUAAAGGUCCAACAUUUCGGGCUUCAAACGAUUGACAUUUCACCGACUUAAAUCCAGCUUUUCUUAUGGAGUCUUCGAUAUCUCGCAUCAAACGACAUCCAUCACCGAAAUAAAACCACCAUGGCUGGUUCCAUUUUUGAAGAGUUAACGUGAAACCUUUACCU